GAACCGGAAGUCAUACAUCUGAUGGACCAUCUUAUCUAGAGGAAUAGCUGUUUCACCUGACUUAAACACGGCGCAAUGGAGCAUAUUGAAUCACCUGGAGUAACAGAAAAUGAAGCAAGCCAACCGGUGGAAAACGGAACAGUGACUGAUGCUCUGGGAGCAAACAAUGAGGAUGACGUUUCAGGAGACUCCUUCCGACAGAAGUUGACCACCCUGCAUUCGAUAAACUUAAAAUUUCCCAACAUUCAGACAGGCUCUGCGGACAGUUUGGCAGAUAGCAGCUUGGAAGGUCUGGCGCAUCAAGACCUCGACUCCGAUGGACACCGUGUACAUCAGCUACUUGCUAUGAACCGACUACGUGAAGACCAAAAGUACUGCGAUUUGGUAGUUCGGUGCGGUCAGCAUCAAUUUCCGGCUCACUCUAAUAUCCUGGCCGCCAGUUCAGAAUAUUUCGAUAAACUGUUGUCCGAAAGCAAGUCUUCCACGGUUCCGCGGGUCGUUGAAAUUCAGGGCGUGGAUGAGACCGUGUUCGCGGAUUUGAUCAACUUCAUCUACACGGGCAAGCUUCGAAUAACCACGGACAGAGUGCAAAAUCUGAUGAUUGGUGCCCACAUAUUGCAGCUGGAUGAAGUGCUCGUAGAUGGCGGUCAAUUUCUAAUCGAGCGCCUGCAUCCAACCAACUGGGUGGACAUUCUUCGGUUUGCAGACUUGCUCAAGAAUGAAAAGUUGGUGGAAGCAUGCAAAAGCUUUUCCAAAGAUCACCUGAACGAAGUGCUCGAAGAAGGUGAACAACUCGGUAUGCUCAACUUGGAACAAUUCACUGAACUCAUAUCGACCCCAAACAUUUCUGAAGAGCAACGUUUCAAUGCGAUUCGGUCCUGGGUCUCCUGUGAUCCGACCAAUCGAGAACAAUCGGCUCCGGAACUGUGCAAAUUCGUUCACAUACCGGGACUACCACGAAAUUGUCUUCAGCAGUUGUACGAUACAAAGGAACAAUGGAAAAACACAUCGUGGUUGAGUGAAUUUCUGUUGGAAGCUCUUAACAGCCCUGUGAUUGGUCAAUCCAAACGAACCACGUACCAGCCGUUCUCAAGUGGCAAGGAGGGCCUCCUUCUCGUGUUUGAUGGCCACGAAGAGUACAUCCAGGUUUAUGACAUACAAACGCAAGAAUGGAAACCUACUGCCGAGGAACGCGACAAUCAGCAGCCCGAUACCGCUAGGCAAAACAUGGUCCCAGACUUGCCGGAAAAGCGAGAGGGCUGUGCAGCGGUUGUGUUCAACGGGUUGGUCUACGUUCUGGGUGGCCGCACACCAGGAAUCACAUUUUCCGUGCUCAUUUUGGAUCCGGUUCAACAGAGCUGGAAAGACGGUCCUCCGAUGGACACCCCGCGGUGGUGUCUUGGGGCGGCUGUGCUCGGAGGCAAGAUAUACGCAGUUGGAGGCAGUGAUCCCUUCGUUUAUGGGGAAAUUAACCUGAUUCGUCUUAAAUUUGAAGCAAGCUCCGCCUUGAACAGCGUUGAAGUCCUGGAUCCAUCCUCUGACUGUUGGCUCCCUAUAAGUCCGAUGUCUUGCUGCCGAUCGUCGUUGGGCGUCGCAACAGUGCGUGGCAAACUGUACGCUGUCGGUGGAUACAAUACCAGUGGUCCCAUUUGGACUGUAAAUUGCUUGUCUUCUGCUGAGAGCUACGAUCCCGAGACGGACACCUGGACAGCGAUUGCCUCCAUGAAUUUUCCACGCUAUGGUUUGAGGGCUUGUGAACUGAAUGGCCGGCUGUAUGCGGUGGGUGGUGCCCCUGAUCUUGUGCAGACGCUUAAUUUGGUUGAAGUUUACAACUUGGACACGAAUUCUUGGCAUCGUGCGGCUGCAAUGAUAGAAAAUCGUAGCCAGUUCGGUCUUGCGGUGAAUGAGGGCUUUCUGUAUGCGAUCGGUGGAUAUGAUGGGAAGGCUUCCCUUGGAAGUAUUGAGUGCUACGAUGCAUCGAACAAUAAGUGGUCACUGUUGCCACAGUGUGCACUGCACGUUACUCAUCCCAUUUCUGCAGUGUUUAUUGACCCUGUAACUGCAAAUAAAAACUGAUGUCAAC